AUGUCGGGUCAGUCCAGCGCCUCAUCGCCCCUUAUAUCGACCCGGCGCCGCGCCUGUACUGCGUGUCAGCAAGCAAAGCGCCGUUGCGACCAACGGCUUCCCCGUUGCGGCCGGUGCACCCAAAAGGGGUUCGAGGACUGCAACUACCCGUCUCUCGAGGCUGCAGUGGCAGCGGCAGACUUUAAUUUCUUCACCGAUGUUCUCAGCGGCUCCGCGGGCACGCCGACUGAUUCCCUUCACAACAUCAUGCCCGUUCCCGUCGUCCCCGAGACUGACAACCCGUGGGGUCUCUUCUACAACAACAACAACAACGCCGCCGCGGCCGCGCCGACACCCUCACCUUCAAUCAUGACGCCCAUCAGCGACUGUCUAUCUCGAGACGCCGUCAUGUACUGCAGCGAACAGUUCCGGUCCUACCCACGGCGGUGGGUGAGCCAGAACGGCGUUGCCCCUUUUAUCCACCCGGCGCUCUACCUGCCCACCACGAACGGGGCCGACGGCCUGCCCCCCGUGCUCCAGGACUGCUUCUGCGCGUGCGCGGCAUACGCUGCAAAAAACGACGAGAACGCGGCGCUGGUCCUCGGCGUCGUGGAAGCCAAGGCCACCGCGCUGCUCUACGUCCCCGAGCAGGCGGCGUGGACGCUGCCACAGCAGGUCGCGAGCCUACAGGCGUUGGUCAUGUACCAGAUCAUGCGCUGGUUCGACGGCGACAUACGCCAGCGUGUCCUCGCGGACUCGGUCGAGCCGUUGUUGGCGACGUGGACGUCUGCGCUCCAAGCCCGCGUCGGGACCGCCGUCUUCUCGGCAGACGAGGCUAUCCCCCCCGCCGGCAUCCCGGACUCUCACCUCCCGCCGCAGCACCAGCAGUCCUCUUCGUCAACGGCUUCGUACCCGCAGCACGACCUCUCGCCGGACCCCUCACGCUCAAACACCCCCGGCGCCCGCCUCACAAGAGAGGAGCUCAACGCCGCCUGGCGGCGUUGGCUGAUGGCAGAGUCGAUUCGUCGGGUACUCGCCAUGGCGCACCUCGUUAGGGCAGUUUACUCUACGGCGAAACAGGUUGGUGUUGGUACCGGUGGCGGCGGCGGCGGAGGAUACGGCAGCAAACUCGGCGGCGCGGGGUCAGGGGGAGGGGCCGGGCAACAACACCUCGGCGGCGGCGGCGGCGGUGGUGGUGGCGGUGGCGGUGGCGGCGGCGGCCAUCAGCUCCCACAUCACCACCCCGUUGGUCUCGCGGGCAUGAGCUUCACGGCGCAGGCGCGGUUGUGGGCCGCCACCACGGCGGAGCGGUGGAAUCGGUCCCGCGAGGGGGACACCGCGUGGUGGGUCGGGCGGAUGGACUUCUCGGGCCUGCUCGCGCUCGCGGACCCGCGGGAAGUGGACGAGUUUACCGUGAUGAUGGGCGUUGUGUGUCGAGGGAAAGACACGAUUGAGGAUUGGGUUACGCAUGGGCCGGGGGUUAUGUGA